GGACGUGAAGCAAUGCUCGCGCAGAGAAGACAAAGUUUCGAGGCUGCAAAACUCUUUGCAUUUCUGAUGGCCGUGCGUCUGGUUGACUGAAGGGGCGUAAUAACAGGCGUAAUAGUCCCCAUCCAGUAGUAAAAUAACAACCCAUAUGAUAGAUGGGAUCGAUACUUGCAUCAGUAUGUUCAAUCCAUAACAAAUUUUUCUGCAGGUGUUCCCGCAACAACAGCAUGCAUAGUUACAUUCACACCGUGAACCACACUCGGGACAUUGAUUGCGCUCUUCACACCAGGGACAUCCACAGCACAUUCCACACCUGGGACAUCCACAGCACGUUCUACAGCAGGGACAUCCACAGUACUUUCUACAGCAGGGACAUCCACAGUACUUUCCACAGUUGGGACAUCCACUGCCCAUUCCACACUCGGGACAUCGACUGCACGUUCCACACUUGCAACAUCCACUGCACGUUCCACACUCGGGACAUCGACUGCACGUUCCACACUUGCAACAUCCACUGCACGUUCCACACUUGCAACAUCCACUGCACGUUCCACACUCGGGACAUCGACUGCACGUUCCACACUUGCAACAUCCACUGCACGUUCCACACUCGGGACAUCGACUGCACGUUCCACACUCGGGACAUCGACUGCACGUUCCACACUUGCAACAUCCACUGCACGUUCCACACUCGGGACAUCGACUGCACGUUCCACACUUGCAACAUCCACUGCACGUUCCACACUUGCAACAUCCACUGCACGUUCCACACUUGCAACAUCCACUGCACGUUCCACACUCGGGACAUCGACUGCACGUUCCACACAUACACAAUCGCCGACAACCGGGUACCACCAGCAUACUGAUGAGAAGGAGGACGACUGUGGGCACAAAAAAAGCAAGAUUCGAAUGGGUAGCAUUCCAUUUCGGAUCACAGGGACAUGGGCUGUUUUUAUCCACCAGAUAUUCUAGUCCAUACAGAACGGCUGUUAAUGCUGCAUUCCCGAUGACGCUCAAAGCGGUGGGAACGAGGUUCGACAAGAAUUCUUUUAGGUCUGGAGACUGUUCCAUCGCAGUCGCACAAUUUGCCGGCCCGAACUCUCUUAGUAAAGCAACUUUCACAGCAACGGGCGCGGAGAUGAGCAGGAGUUCUUAUCUGAUACGCAGAGCUCAAUGCAGAAGGGGAGGUUACGGAAGGGUUGUUGGAAACUCUGAAAACUCCUCACUGAUUUAUGGUUCAACAGAUACGUGAAAUGCAACUCACCUUUAUGUUCCAACCUGAGCCGCUCUUCCCGUGAUGAGACAAUCGAUGAGCCUCAGCCGUGGUCAGACCAUGUGCAACACCUCCCAACUCAGCCUACUGUCCACUCAAUUGAUUUAAUAACUUAUACAUUCUACCCCACUAUUGUAAGCUGAUGAUGAGUGUAUGUGAGUCUACGUUGAUUUUUUUUGUAUGUUUACUAUUACAUAUUUAUUGACUUGCCUGCUUAAUUAUUUAUUAUGAUAGUUAUGCAUUUGGCUUCUUUUGCACAUUAGUUCUUUAUCUGACUUGGUGUGUAGAUUUUCUUGAUUCUAUUGUAUUUCUUUAAACUACUGUGAGUACCAGCAAGAAAUUG